AUGUUAGACGAAUUAAGAGAAAUUGCAUCAUUAAAUAAUCCUUACAAAACUUUUAUUGGUAUGGGAUUUUAUGAUUGUAUUGUACCUUCAGUAAUUGUUAAAAAUAUGUUACAAAAUGCUGGAUGGACUUCCCCAUAUACUCCUUACCAACCAGAAAUAGCACAGGGACGCUUAGAAAGUCUUUUAAAUUUCCAGACUAUGAUAUCUGAUUUAACUGGUUUACCCUUUGCAAAUGCUUCAUUGUUAGAUGAAAGUACUGCUUGUGCCGAGGCUAUUGCCUUAGCUGUUCGUGUAACUAAAAAAAGAACAAUCCUUUAUGAUACUAAAUUACAUCCACAAAAUAUUGGUGUAAUGGCUACACGUUCAGAACCAAUGGAUAUUAAUUUUCAACCAUUGGAUAUUAAUGAAAGAAGUGUUAAUAACAAGUUUGUAGAUAAUGUUGCUGCAAUUAUUUUACAAUAUCCCAACACAGAAGGGUUAAUUUAUGAAGAUUUGGAUUUAUUAAUUCAAUGCGCACAUAAAGAAAAGGUGAAUAGAUAGUUUUGAAAAAAUUAUUGAAAUCACACUGGUUAUGAAUUCUUUCGAGGAUUAAC